UUAGCUUAUCAUGGAACAAUCAGAUAAUGAUGAACAACAACCGAAAAAACCAACACAAAUACCCAAAGUGGUAGCAUUAGGAAUAAAUCACGCACUCUGUGUUACAAAGACUUUGGCAUUUAGGCAGGGAGAUACUAAUCUAAACGAUAAUCAAGGAGAUGCAACGAAGGUUAUAGAUGCAAAUAUUCACGUACAUUCUUGGGGAAAGGGAUCUUUCAACUGUCUAGGACAUGGAUUGGAAGAACAUCUUACGAAAACACCAAAGAAUAUACAGUAUUUCGAACGUAAAAAUGUAGCACAAGUAUCAUGUGGAGAUUAUCAUUCUGCAGUGCUAAUUUUGCCAAAUGGAGCACGAAAAGGAGAUGGAGGAACGGUAUUCACAUUCGGGCUUGGAACUGCAGGACGACUAGGAUAUGCCCUAAAAGGUAAUACGCAUCACACAGGAGAACUUGGAAAUGAUCAAGAAAAUGAAGCACCAUGGUGUACAGCAUACCCACAACCAGUUGGAUUGUCAGUGAAUCUAAAACAUAAUGUGGUAUCAUUAGCAUGCGGAGCAAAUCAUACACUAGUUACCACAGUUGAUGGCUCACUGUUCUCUUGGGGAAUGGGUGCAUUCGGAGUACUGGGAACCGGAGAUUGCGCCAACCAGUUCAUUCCCGUCAGGGUAAAAUUUCCAAUGGAAGCUUUUAUGGCCAGCUGCGCAGCAGGUUGUAGACACUCUUUCGGACUAGAUGAUUUAGGGCGGAUAUGGUCUUGGGGAUAUGGAGGCAACGGAAGACUAGGAACUGGUGAUACCAGAACACAAUAUAUACCCAAGCUAAUGGAUACAUUGGAUGGAACACUGGUAAAACAGGUUUCAUGCGGAGAUACGCAUUCGGCCUGUAUCGAUCAUGAUGGUAAGGUGUAUACUUGGGGAUGUGGUAAAGGCGGUAAACUGGGACAUAAAAUACUGUUGGACGAUGUCUUGGUACCAACAGUAGUUGAGUCGCUAAGCGGCAAUAAAAUAAUACAGGUCGAAUGCGGAACCGCAAUGACACUGGCAUUGGAUGAAUCAGGCAUUGUAUACCAAUGGGGAGCUGUACUAGGAUUCACACCGUCAUCGUCAGGAACACUACCAUACAUGGCAUCCGUACCAAGAGAAGUUACAGAAGCAGGACAGAAGAAUGUAUACAUAACUGCAGGACCAUAUAGCUGCGCAGCAGUUUCGGAACACGGAGAUUUGAAAACUUGGGGAGUAGGUAGCUGCUUCAGAUUAGGACACGGAACCGUAAAUGAUCAACUAACACCCAAGUUUGUAGCUACAUUGAGAAGUAGCGUCCGUGUAGAUGAUAUUAAGAAGAUAACGACGCUCCAUACACAAGAUAUAGCAACAACAAACUAUAUACCACCACCAAUAACAGCCAAUGAAAGACGUAUUAGUCAAGUGUCAGUUGGGCUCACCCACGGAGCACUUCUCACAUGUAACGGUACAGUGUACGCCUGGGGAGCAUCUAAAGGAAUAGGAUACUCGACAGACCCUGACAAUGAGGAAACAUACAACGAACCAAGGCUAAUCAACCACUUCAGCACGAAAAUUAAAAAAAUAGCAUGCGGAUCAAAUCAUACACUAGUUACCACAGUAGAAGGAAUGGUACUUGCAUGGGGAGCAAACGAUUCAGGACAACUAGGAUUAGGCGACCUUAGACCAAGAAGCUUCCCCGAAGCUAUAUACACAUUGGAGUGUGGUAUCAAUGUGUUUGCCGGAUUAAACAAUAGCUGCUGUAUCACAACAACAAAACAUGAUAACUUCAUCAACGAUGAAGUAGGCACCGCAUGGGUAUUCGGCUCCGCAUCUGGAGGCAAACUGGGCCUAGGCGAAAAAUGCACAGCAAACAUAAUAAUGACACCAAGAAAAAUAAACUAUGUGUCCGGUGUAUACAAGGUCGUGCUAGGACAUACCCACUCACUACUGCUGAAGCAUGAUGGAGCCAUCUAUGCAACGGGAGCUGGAAGCGAUGGAAAACUAGGUUUAGGUGAUAUUCAUUCAACGUCGUCUUUCACAAAGGUCAAUACCGAUCUCAGAUUCAUAGAUAUAGCCGUUGGAGCAUCGCACUCCCUAGCCAUCUCCAUGGAACAUGACCUAUAUGGUUGGGGAGCGGGAAAGUAUAUAACUAAAGGAAAUGAAGUUAUAAGGGAACCCGUUAUCAUAGAUACACUACCUUCGCAAGUUGGUAUCCCCAAAGUACAUGAAGUAGUUGCGUUCGCACAGCAUUCUCUCGUUGUCACUGACCAGGGCCAUCUAAUUGCCUGGGGAGAUAACUCUAGUGGACAGCUAGGAGUGCCAAUAAUGUCCAAAGAUGUAAGAGCUGUGGAAUUCAUAGAACAACCAUCGCUGGUACUCAUCAAUUCACCAGUAACAUCAGUAGCAACAUCACGCUUCUUCUCGGCAUGCAUGACACUUAACGGAGAUGGAUAUGCUUGGGGCGUGUCAUCAGAUGGAAGACUAGGCAUAGGAGAAACACAUAAUAAGGUCACGUACGAACCAACAGCAAUCGCAACUAUCAAUCUGAUGGGAGAUAUGAUAAACUCCUUCGAUGAUCCAGGAUUCCAAAGUGAUAUGGCCUCCUAUGCAACAGCAGUAGAGUCCUUUAUAGAUGAACUAAACUUUAGGGAUGAUAAGCAAGUUGUAGAUUGGAACGGACUUCAGCUACUGCUGAAAAACGAAGAACGUGUUUGCUGGGAACUCUCAUUGAAGGCAUUCGAGGAUGACCUGGUCAAAUGCCUAAAGCAGCAUGUAGAUACAAUGAUAGAAUUGCAUAAAAGACACGAUGCAGUAGGGGCAUUAAAGUUGAACCUAGAAACAACAAUCCAAGGAUUUGUAAAUAAACUGCCCAAACCAAAAAACAACAACCUCGCAAAUGAUAACGCACAGUUUGCACCUUAUACAUCUGUGAAGCCAUAUUUGGAAAAACUAAUUGAAAUCCUGUUCUUGCAACCAGCGUACUUCGUACGUCUGUGCCUAUUUGGAAAUGAUAUACGAAUUGUAGAAGCAAUGACAACACAUGUAUAUAAACGAAUGGAUAUACAACGCGUGCAUAACCAAUUUAUAGCAAUGCUGAUGACAUUGCUGCGAGAAGAAAUACAGCUGUUUUUCAAUCCACAGGCACCAUUAAACGCAUCAUCGUCACCGUUCGCUAUAAUGCUGCGCUCAUAUACAACAACAAAACUUAGCACGCGACCAAAUGCCAUGAUAUUCUACUCGCCAGACUACAACGAUUCAAUGCUGAACUUUAUGAAGCAAUGCCCACUCACGCUGCCAAAUAAAGCAACAACAAAGAAAAAUGAAUUGGGGAAUUUCGCCAAGUUUAUCAUGCAUUUGAAUAAAGUAUUGAGCCUAAUGGUAGUCCCUAAAUAUGCCAAAGUCGCGUUGAAAAGGAUGCACAAUAUGAUCAAAUUCAAGAUACCACCCGGAUGGGCAUUACCAAAUGUACCGCUCGAAGACGUAUCAAUAUAUCCACUAAUACCAACGUUCGUGUAUACAGUAGUACACCCAUACUUCAGCGAAGCGGAAUUACUCUCAACGAUGCACGGAUAUAGGAGUAUCGAUAAUGUAGUGGCAAAAGGUUUCAAAACAGUGGCAGAAUAUUUUGACUAUAUAGUAAAUCCGCAAAUGAACCUGACGCCGUCAAACUCAGAAGAAGUAAAUAGAAUGACAAUGACACUUUAUCGCAAUAUCGCACAAAUGCUGCUGGAAUAUAUCAAAAAACUUCUCAACGUGGAGGACACGUUCAACAUUGAUCUAACCAUGGAAACAUUCAAAUCGCACUUUGAUCUGGAAAAAUUACAUGUCAAUGUGCCAAGCUGGAUAGUGGCCAAUUUCCUAAACAUAUGCAUCAAUACGAAAAAACAUCUCAACCUGUCAGCCCAUGAUCCACUAUGCAAAACAUUGGAAUCUAUACAAUCAUGCGCUAACACAAGUGUACCAUUUGCUCCAGAGUUUAUACAGAUGUUAAAAGCGUAUAAUAAGCAAACGUCAGUGAAAAUAGAACACAGGUUCCUGGUAUUCGACAAAAGCAUGUCAAUAUGCAGAUUCACAGGUGUGUUCCUCCCACAGAGACUUGCCUAUAGGCAAACGACGUACUCAGAGGAUUGCAUUAAACUGGUCUCACUUGUAGUGAGAUAUGUACCAUACGGGAAAUACGAACCCCUAAGAGUUAUACAAAAUGCACUAUCUGAACUGAAACAAAUAGAUGCAGCGCCAGGUGGUUUCGAGGCUAUCACCGAAGCAUUGGAGAAUGUAGCAGAAUGCUAUAGUCAACUUCCAGUACCGGAUUACGCAGGAGCAAAUCGAGCAAGAGACGCAUGCGCCCAGCUCCUUGAAGUAGAUCGUAAAAGAACAACACCAUGUGAUGUGGCAAUAAAUAUCCUAAAAAAAGUGCUAGAAAGACACUUCCAUCGCAAAUAUCUAGUAAGAGUAUAUCAAAGACAAGGCGAAAUUGAAAUUGCUAAAAUGCAAUUCGCAGCAGCAUACAGAGAAGAAUGUCAAUACCUCGCUUUAUGCGCAAAUCAUGCAAAUAAACUAUUCGUGGAACCGAGGAUAUUAAAUGCAGCAUUGGUACACAAAGUAAAAUUAUACACCACGAAAAUGCUAACUAAAGCAACACAAAAUAUCUGUGAAUCCGUAGUGUUUAAUCUGUCCUCAUUGCAGCAAAGUGGACAGAUAUUAUUCAAAGCGGAAGUGGAUAUAGCAAAGAUAGAACGCAUAUUCCUAGUUUUCCAAUUCUACCCAAAGGCAGGAUGCCUACUCAGCCUACAAGAAAAGGUAGACGAUAAAAAUGAAAUGGAACAAAUAGAAGCAUGUGAAGUACCACUGUAUACCCUAGAAACGUGGUCUGAAGAAGCGGACAAUAACAUGGUCGAACUAUUCAUCAACCAAAAUCACCCAAAUGGAAUAUUAGGCAUACGGAAGAAAUUCCUAGUACAAACAUUCAAACAAAUUAUGGAUUAAUCGCUUAUACAAUAUGCAUAAUUAUGAAAUAUACUGACAUUAACGAAGC